UAAGGCGCAAUCUCCGUCUGUCUCUCUCACGGCAGCCCGGUGAGAUAAGGCAAAUCAAUGUACCUACUCCCGGACGGCGAUUUGCAGUGCGGGAUUCGAGUGCUCGAUCGCUCAUCUGUUUCGCGCGCGUCGCCGAGUGACGUUCUUCUAAAAUCAACCGGGCCGAGCGAUGACGAGAGAGUGAGCGGAAGUUUCACCCGAGGCCGUCGUCUUUCCAACGUCUCUCUCCUCGCCGAGGUCUCGUCGAACGUCACGAUGGGCCGGGCCAACAAGCUGUACUUCCGGCAGCUGCUGACCGCCUUGGCGCCGCUACUGGGAAUAACGGUGUGCGGCAUGUCGAACGGCUACAGCGCGAUUCUGCUGCCGCAGCUGAAGUCGUCGGCAGAAGUGAACGGCAGCGACUUCUCGCCGGAUAAUCAGUUCGGGUCGCUCAGCAUCGAGCAGGAGUCUUGGAUCGCGGCCGCCGCGGUGCUGCCGAUGGCGCCGGGCUGUUGGACCGGCGGCUUCCUGGCGGAGCGGCUCGGCCGGAAGACGUCGACGCUGCUCUUGUUCCCGGUCUUCUUCGCCGGCUGGCUGAUCAUCGGCCUCGCCGGCAACGCGAAUACCCUGGUGGUCGGCAGGCUGCUCGUCGGCUACUGCACCGGCAUCCUCGCGCCCAUCGUGCCGAUCUACGUGAGCGAGACGAGCGACCCGGUGCUGCGCGGCAUCCUGCUCGGAGCGAUCAGCCUGACCCUCUCGAUCGGCAUAUUGGCCUGUCACGCCUUGGGUACCUGGCUGCACUGGCGCACCACCGCCCACAUCUGCAGCGCGCUGCCGCUGCUCUGCUGGCUCAUCGGCCUGUUCUCGCGGGAGAGCCCGAUGUGGCUGCUCAACAGGGGCGAGCUCGAGCCCGCCCGUCGCUCCUGGAUAUUCUUCCGCGGCGAGCAUACGCUCGAGGAGUUCUCCCUGAUGGAGAGCUCCAGGCGGGCGGACAUCUCCCAGCGGCAGCAGACCGAGAAACGGUCGGUGCUGCGUUCUUGGCGGAAGACCUGGUCCUCGCGACACUUCCUCAAGCCUCUCGCCAUCUGUUGCCUGUACUUCUUAACCGGCCAGUUCUCCGGCACGAACGCCAUCAGUUUCUACUGCGUCGAGAUGCUGGCGAGCGUCCCCGGGCUGACGAACGCCGCGUACCUGAUCACGCUGCUGAUCGACGCGAUUCGUCUGGCGGUCGGCGUGAUCGUGUGCGCGCUGAUGAAGUCCUGCCGCAGGCGCGCCAUGACCUUCUUCUCCGGCUUCGGCGUAGCCGGCAGCAUGUUGGCGCUCAGCGCGGUCCUCACGUUCGAAAUCGGCGGGACGUGGGCGCCCGUCCUCCUGUUGCUCGUCUACACCGCCCUGCUGCCGGUCGGACUGGUGCCCUUGCCGUGGCUGCUCUGCGGUGAGCUGUUCGCGAGGAACUUCCGCGAGCUCGGCUCCGGGGUGGCGUCCGGCUUCGGUUUCCUCUGCUUCUUCGUGGUGAUCAAGACCAUGCCGGCCAUGAUCGAGCUCAUCCAGCCCCAGGGCACUUUCGCCGUUUACGGCUUCGUCGCGCUCAUCGGCACCGGCGUUUUGUACUUCGUCCUGCCGGAAACAAAGAACAAGACUCUGCAGGAGAUCCAGGUUCUCCUCGACGGUAAACCGCGCGACCUCGCGAGACGAAACGCGGACAUUCCGAUUCUCAGUCGCGAGAAGAGCAAGAACUCAGAGAAGGACGAGACGGCGCCCGACAAAUAACGACCGUUGGAUAUUAUCGUGUGUUAUUUCAAAGUGUAUAUUGUUUUCCGAUCAGUGUAUCGUCAUUGAGAAACGGCCGGUCGUAGUUACGACGGUAUGCGGAGAGCGUGCAGUCAACAUAAAAGUACGGCACGAAGCGCCGGUGUAUUUAUAUCGCACGUCGAUACCUCUCUUCUCUCUCGAUACGUUUUCGAAAAAUCCGUAUAAUUUGUACGUAUAAUUUAUACGUUAAAAAUCGAACGAGAUUACCGUUCCGCCUGCGGCGAGGACGCGCGUUUCGACGAUGAUGCCGCUCGCGCGCGCUGCCGCGAGCAAUUUCACGUUGCCGCGAAUGACGACGCGACGCAUCCUUCGACCGGAUAUAUUUCGGGCGCGCCGUAAAAUACACCGGUGCGUCGGAAUAAUGACUCUCUGCGGCCGGCGGGGAGCGAUAGAAAUUUCACUGCGAGCCUCGGCACGGCGGACCGUAAAAUUGCGUUCUCACGUGAUUAUUGUUCGGACCACUUACCGCAGCUGAUGGAAAUUACCGCUCGUCGCGUGACGUUUUGCGCGGCCCCCGCGCGGUGACUUAGGCGCGAACGUAAGUGAAAUAUGACGGCGGUGCUGUCGGGCUUAUUAAAAUGCAAGGAAUCUCGAUUUAUCGCCCUUCGUCGGGAUUUCGAAGCGCCGGCGAGCGCGAAGAGCGUGUCUGCCGGCUUCUCCGCGCGAUCACGUCGUUCCUCGCGACGGGAACGGCGUGUCGAUCGAAGUGUCGGUUAAAUCGAGUGGUGUGCACAGUGCCGGCCAAAUUCGUAUGCUUCUCGCGAAAUAAUCCGAUUGGAAAAAGUCAACACGUAGUCCCGAGAAGCGCAGGAUUUUAGUUAUUCGAACUAUGUACCUAAGUCGUUAAACUAAACUUUGGAAGCUAAUAUCUAAUGGUCAUUCAACGUUCGGCGAUGCGCUAUUUACUCUGCACGGGAAGAAAAACGCUGGAUUCAAGUAAAUCAUCGUUCCGAUACUUCUUAACGCAUUUUUAUUUCAGUCAAGUGACAUUUCUCCGUGAUCCAGAUCAAACAUCAUCCAGACAAGUUGUCCAAGUAAAAUCUACUUAAUCCGAGCAGAAACUUACAUUGGAAUAAUUAUUUCAACUUGAAUCUAGCGCUCUUCUUUCUGUGUGCGUUAUCAUCGUUAUUAUUGUAUAUUUAGUAGCAGUUCCUUUCAGCGUAUCAGGGUUAACGAUCCACGCGAGUUCAGGCAGCGGCGAGCUUAACUUUGUCUUCGCGCGCCCCGUUCGCCCCUCCGCGGCAUAUAAUUCGUAAGCGGCUCUCUCCGAGGGAGUGGUUUUUCCUCGCGGUAUGAUUUCAAUCUCGAGGUAUCGCAGGAGUGCGAGCGCCACGGGAAGGGAAUCGCGUUAAAUUCAGGCGGUCAUCCUCCUUUUUUUUUUGUUUCAUCCCCAAUCCCGACUCAUUACCCUCCUUUCCUCGAUCUCCUCCUCUCGCUCGGUACGCCUCGCUCGAUGAUUAUCGCGAGCACGCGAUACGGUCGUUACGACGGACAAAAUCCUCGCCUUUCUUCGCGGUCGAGCAGUGCGGAAGAGACUACCGCCGAAUCCGAGAGCGAAGGGAGAAUGACGUUAGAAUUGCCAAACUCGAAAGUCUGAAUUGCCUUCCUUCCUUCCUGAUACAUCGAGGCCAAAUCGGACAAACCUGGACGGAAAUACUAAUCGUAAAACUAGAUUAAGUACAACACUGAAUGAGAAAUUGCUCGCGAUAUUGUAUUCCGGACAGUUUUAAAAACAGAGCUCCGUCGAACAAGUUGAUAAAUUGCUGUUAUUUAAUGUAAGAUACAUUUUAUUGUGAAAUACAAAACUCAACCAUGUCGUACGCA